CAAGGCCAACUUUCAACUCCCAUCAAUGAAUGGUAUGCGAUUUUGGUUGGGACCUCGAACCUAACGAAGAAGCCUUCUAUAGCUACAAAACCACAUUUUGCUUCUUCGUUGAUAAAUUAUGUCCCUUUUUUAUAAUAAUACACCCAGAUCUAGGAAUUGCAGAAGCAUCGCUUCGAUUUUUGCUGUAUUACUCUGAGGCGAAUUUACUCAGGGUGAAGCAAUUAGCAAGGUUUAUGUUUAGCUUUGGAGUUUCCUAACAGAUUGGAUUGACUUAAUUGCUUCUUUCUCUUUCUUCUUUGGAGCCUCCGAAGAUUGUUAUUGCGUUAAAAGGGCCUCGACGCUGUUGGUUUUCUCCCUCUGUCUUCUUACCUAUGGGCUUUGUACACUCUGUCCAUCACAUUAAUAAUACUCUUUCGCAUAUAAUCUGAAAGAUUUUUUCUUCUUCGUCUAAUACUUUUCUUGUAUCGGAUUCUUCCUUGGUUUUGAGUAUUGGUGUAAAUGGCCAAUGCAUCUGGGUUCUUUACGGCUUCAGUUCCUAACCUGAGUGGGAGGGCUCAGCCUGCCAUAGCCGUUAAUCAAUUUGGGGAUUUCUCUUUUCAACGAAUCUCGAAGCAAGUGUUCUGCCUUAGUGCCGUAGAAGGCGCUGAAAGGCAUGCUUCAAGUGCUUCAAAGCCUUCGGAAGCUCGGAUACCCAGGCUUGUCAGUAAAGGCUGCAAGUUAGUUGGAUGUGGUUCUGCUGUGCCAGCUCUUCAAAUUUCCAAUGAUGACCUUGCCAAAAUGGUUGAUACUUCUGAUGAAUGGAUAGCAACUCGCACGGGAAUUCGUAAUCGACAUGUUCUUUCAGGUGAAGAGAGCUUAACAACCUUAGCUGCUGAAGCUUCUAGGGAAGCUCUUCUGAUGGCAAAGGUUGAUCCUGGUGAUGUUGACCUAGUAUUGAUGUGCACAUCUACCCCAGAGGAUCUUUUUGGAAGUGCUCCUCAGAUUCAAAGACAACUUGGCUGCCAAAAAGCAUUGGCUUAUGACAUCACUGCUGCAUGUAGUGGAUUUUUGCUGGGUUUAAUAUCAGCUGCUUGUCACAUCAGGGGGGGAGGAUUUCAGAAUGUUCUAAUAAUCGGGGCUGAUGGUCUUUCAAGAUUUGUUGACUGGUCGGACAGAGGGAGCUGUAUUCUAUUCGGGGAUGCUGCUGGUGCGGUACUAGUACAGGCCUGCAACAGUGAGGAAGAUGGUUUAUUCAGUUUUGAUGUGAAUAGUGAUGGCUCUGGUCAAAGGCAUUUGAAUGCUGCUUUAAAAGAAAAUGAAUCGAAUAAUGCGUUGGAUUCAAAUGGUUAUGUGUUAGGGUUUCCUCCCAAGCAGUCCUCCUAUUCGUGCAUUCAAAUGAAUGGCAAAGAAGUAUUCCGGUUUGCUGUGCGAUGUGUGCCACAGUCAAUUGAGUCAGCCCUUGAAAAGGCUGGUCUCUCUGCAUCUAGCAUCGAUUGGUUACUUCUCCAUCAGGCAAAUCAGAGGAUUAUUGAUGCAGUAGCGGCAAGGUUAGAAAUGCCGCCAGAGAGGGUGAUAUCGAACUUGGCAAAUUAUGGGAACACAAGUGCGGCUUCCAUACCACUGGCUUUAGAUGAAGCAGUUCGAAGUAGGAAAAUUAAGGUAGGUGAUACUAUAGCUGCUGCUGGCUUUGGUGCUGGUCUUACUUGGGGAUCAGCCAUUGUUCGAUGGGGCUGAGCGUCUUGACAGGUUCAAGAAUGUAGCAUUGAUCCCUACCUCAUGAGUCAUGACUAAGGGGCAAUUUGAAUCCAUGGUGAACGAGACACAUCCCAUUAUUACAAUGCGUAGCAAACCAGUCAAUUUGGAACCAGCAAGAAAGAUCAUUAGUAUUGCAUUUUUUUAACUAUUCACUUGCAUGGAAUUUUGUGUUAUUUUUUUUCUUUUAAUAAUUUAUUAUACCGUGUAAUAUGUUGGGGGCCCAUGCCUUUUUUUUAAUGAAAAG